AUGGAGAGAGAAGCAGAUGAAUAUCACGUUCGUAGGGGAUACCUCAUCGAUUUUGACCAUGCUCUGGAUUUAGCGCGAGUGCAGUCUCCGGGUCGUUCGACCUUGCAGUUUUUUGCGGCUGCCUUGCUCUUGGACCCGAAUGACGAAGACAAUGAAGUUUUCCAGUCAGAAAAGGAUGACAGAGAGUCCCUUUUCUACUCCAUUGUCUAUCUAGGACUACUCCAUGCUCAGCACUCGCUUAGUGAUGAUCCCGUUGCUUUGGAGGCGAAACUCAACUUCAACUUCGAGAGUACACUGUUUGAAGCGAAGGCAGGAUCACUUUUAUAUCGGGCAUACUCGAAAAUCCGUUGGGUAAACUGUGGCUUGCAAAAAUUCGUCGAGGUGCUGGAACCGGUCUUCAGGUCACGAUAUCUGGAAACCGAUACCCGCCGGCCCAUGGAUCAAGCUAACAUCGUCAAUCUGGAUACGCGUAGCUGGAUGGAUACGACAAUUCGGGAUAUCGUUCAGACAAUGGCUCCUCCCGAAAGGGAGUUUAUCAACAACGACCAUUAUCCUCCAGCUACAACACCUGCGAUGAAGAGGGCACUGUAUACAUAUGAGAACCAGGAUACAGAAAAUCGCCUGGGGUUUGACGGGCAUCUUGACAAGCUGGCAGAAGAAAGAUGA